AUGGCGUUCACCUGCAAGCGACCCGCCGCGUCCCUCGACGGCCACGCCAGCCAGCCGGGCGCGAUGUGCCGGAAGAGGAGGCGCGUCAUCGGGACCACCUAUGACUACGACCAGGAGUCGUGCCUCGGCAGAGGCAAGUUCGGCGCCGUCGUCAAGGCGCGGUGCCGCGCGACCGGCCAAGUCGUCGCCAUCAAGUCCCUCCACGACCCCGCCGACCCCCGCGAGGUGCUGCGGGAGGCCCGCUUCCUCGAGGCGUGCGGCGGCCACCCGCACAUCGUCGGCUUCCGCGGCGUCACGCUCGACUACGUAACCGACGAGCUCUGCCUCGUCAUGGACUACGUCGAGGGCAAGAGCCUCAAACUUCUCCUGAGCGAGAGGAGCGGCGGGCUCCCGGAGGCCACGGUGUGCACCUUCAUGUGGCAACUCCUCACGGCCGCCAAGAAGAUGCACCGGUGCCACGUCGUCCACCGCGACAUCAAUCCUGCUAACAUCCUCGUCGGAGGGGAAGAAGCCGGAAGAGGGUUCGUCAAGAUCUGCGACCUCGGCGUCGCCAUGUCCAUGUCGGAGGCGCCGCCGUACGAGGAGGAGGCUGGCAUGGGGGAGUACCGGGCGCCCGAGAUGCUGCUGGGAAAAGAGGACUACGACGCGCUCGUCGACACGUGGUCUCUCGGGUGCGUCAUGGCAGAGAUGCUCACUGGCGAGAGGAUUUUCCGAGCCGCCGAAUUCAUCUCUCUCUUCCAAAGGAUCUUCGAAGUGGUGGGCGUGCCAGACGACACGACGUGGCCGGGGUUCACGUCGCUGCCGCACGCCGCCCCGCCGCCGCUGGUGCCGGGGCAGCAGAGCACGCUGCGAGAUCUGUUCCCGGAGGAGGUGCUGUCCGCGGAGGGAUUCCAGGUCCUCAACGGCCUUCUUACAUGCAACCCCGACAAACGGCUGACGGCGACCGCCGCGCUGAAGCUCCCGUGGUUCGCCACCGCUGCUGCAAACGCCCGCCCUUCUGCUCCGACUGCUGCUGCUGCUGCUGCCAAGAUCGACACGAUGGCGCUGUCCAUAAAGGAGGAGGUGGUGGAGUUCGCUCCGUUGAUGCCUCCUAGAAAGAGAGUCACGGCCAAGAAGACGUUGAUCAGGAAGAAGGCGCCGCUGAUCGUUCCACCGGCCACAUGA